CCUCCUCCUCCCUCGGCGCUGCUGCCUCUCCGGGUGCCUGCCUGCCUGCUUGCGUGCCGCGGCGGCCGCUGAAACGCCAUCGAUGCCGGGAGCGCGGAGGCGGCGGUGGCGGCGCUCCUGCUGCUGCUGAGCGAGGUGGGGGCGGCCCCGCCCGGAGAUGGGGAUCCUCAGCAUCACGGACCAGCCUCCUCUGGUCCAAGCCAUCUUUAACCGUGAUAUAGAGGAGGUGCGGUCACUGCUGAGUCAGAAGGAGAAUAUCAAUGUGUUGGACCAAGAGAGACGAACCCCUUUGCAUGCAGCUGCAUAUUUGGGGGAUGCCCCUAUUGUUGAACUCCUUAUUCUAUCAGGUGCUAACGUUAAUGCAAAGGAUACCCUUUGGCUAACCCCGUUACACCGAGCUGCAGCUUCUCGCAAUGAGAAGGCACUUAACCUCCUCCUAAAGCACUCGGCAGAUGUCAACGCUCGUGACAAGUAUUGGCAAACACCACUACACGUUGCUGCUGCCAACAGAGCCACCAAGUGUGCUGAGGCCAUCAUCUCCCUGCUUAGUAGCGUUAAUGUGGCAGACCGCACUGGCCGCACAGCACUGCACCAUGCUGUACACAGUGGGCACAUCGAGAUGGUUAACCUCCUCUUAAAUAAAGGGGCCAAUCUGAAUACAUGUGACAAGAAGGAGAGACAACCAAUACAUUGGGCAGCCUUCCUUGGGCAUUUAGAAGUCUUGAAGCUGCUUGUGGCUCGAGGUGCUGAUGUCACUUGCAAAGACAAGAAGGGUUACACCCUGCUGCACACUGCAGCAGCCAGUGGCCAGAUUGAAGUGGUGAAGCACCUGCUGAGGCUUGGAGUUGAGAUCGAUGAACCAAAUUCCUUUGGCAACACUGCACUUCACAUUGCCUGUUACAUGGGCCAGGAUGCUGUGGCCAAUGAACUGGUCAACUAUGGCGCCAAUGUCAAUCAGCCCAAUGAGAAGGGCUUCACCCCCCUGCACUUUGCUGCCGUCUCCACCAACGGAGCCCUGUGCCUGGAACUUCUCGUCAAUAACGGAGCGGACGUGAACUUCCAGAGCAAAGAAGGGAAGAGUCCUUUGCACAUGGCUGCCAUUCAUGGACGGUUUACACGCUCCCAGAUUCUCAUACAAAAUGGCAGUGAGAUUGACUGCGCUGACAAAUAUGGCAAUACCCCCCUCCAUGUUGCUGCUAGAUACGGCCACGAGCUGCUAAUUAGUACUUUGAUGACGAAUGGUGCUGAUACUGCAAGGCGUGGGAUCCAUGACAUGUUCCCCUUGCACUUAGCUGUUCUCUUUGGAUUCUCAGACUGUUGUCGUAAGCUACUUUCCUCAGGUCAGUUGUACAGCAUUGUCUCCUCACUCAGCAAUGAGCAUGUGCUGUCUGCAGGCUUUGAUAUCAAUACGCCAGAUAACCUCGGGAGGACCUGCCUCCAUGCUGCUGCUUCCGGAGGGAAUGUUGAAUGUCUUAACUUGCUGUUGAGCAGUGGAGCUGACUUGAGGAGGAGAGAUAAGUUUGGAAGGACUCCUUUGCACUACGCAGCUGCAAAUGGCAGCUAUCAGUGUACGGUGACACUAGUCACUGCCGGAGCCAGUAUUAAUGAAGCUGACUGUAAAGGCUGCACCCCCUUACAUUAUGCUGCUGCUUCAGAUACUUACAGGAGAGCUGAGACUCAUUCAGGAAACAGCCAUGACACUGAUGAGGAGCCACUGAAGGAGUCACGACUGAAGGAGGCAAUCUUUUGUUUAGAGUUCUUGUUGGAUAAUGGUGCUGACCCAUCUCUCCGGGACAAGCAGGGAUACACCGCUGUCCAUUACGCAGCUGCCUAUGGCAACAGACAGAACCUUGAGUUGCUCCUGGAAAUGUCUUUUAACUGCCUGGACGAUGUGGAAAGCACCAUUCCAGUCAGCCCUUUGCACUUAGCUGCCUAUAACGGUCACUGUGAAGCCCUGAAGACACUUGCCGAAACCUUGGUGAACCUGGAUGUGCGGGACCACAAAGGGCGAACGGCUUUGUAUCUUGCCACGGAGAGGGGCUCCACAGAGUGUGUGGAGGUACUUACCAGCCAUGGUGCUUCUGCUCUGGUGAAGGAGAAAAAGAAGAAGUGGACACCCCUACAUGCUGCAGCUGCCUAUGGGAACACUGAUUCCCUACAUCUUCUCAUUGACAGUGGGGAGAGAGUCGAUAUCACCGAUGUCAUGGACCUCCAUGGACAGUUUGGGUGUCGGUCUACCAUGAAGAUACUGUUGAACUGGAGUUCCAUCAGACCUAGACAGCAUAGCCAGUGGUUAGGAAUGCUGACCCCGUUGAUGUUGGCAAUCACAAAUGGCCAUGUAGACUGUGUCCACCUCUUACUGGAGAAGGGAUCCACAGUAGAUGCAGCAGACAAGAGAGGCAGGACUGCACUGCACCGGGGGGCUGUGACUGGCUGUGAAGACUGCCUUGCAGCACUGCUGGACCAUGAUGCCUUUGUAUUGUGUCGGGAUUUCAAGGGCCGGACCCCGAUCCAUUUUGCCUCGGUGUGUGGGCAUUCUGAAAUCCUGAGGACCUUGCUGCAGGCAGCGCUCUCUACUGACCCUCUGGACUCUGUGGUGGACUAUAGUGGCUAUUCACCAAUGCACUGGGCUUCUUACAGUGGGCAUGAAGAUUGUCUUGAAUUGUUACUUGAACACAAUCCAUUUGCAUACCUAGAAGGAAACCCUUUUACUCCAUUGCACUGUGCAGUAAUUAACAACCAGGAUGGCACUGCUGAAAUGCUUGUGGAAGCAUUGGGUGCCAAGAUUGUUAAUAGCAGAGAUGCCAAAGGAAGGACCCCCCUUCACGCUGCUGCCUUUGCAGACAACAUCCAUGGUUUACAACUGCUUUUGCGCCACCAGGCUGAGGUAGAUGCAACUGACCAACUGGGAAGGACUGCUCUUAUGAUGGCUGCUGAGAAUGGUCAGACAGCAGCAGUUGAGUUUCUGCUGUAUAGAGCAAAAGCUGACCUAACUGUGCUGGAUGUCAACAAGAACACAGCUCUUCACCUGGCCUGCAGUAAGGGUCAUGAAAAGUGUGCCUUGUUGAUUCUGGGGGAAACCCAAGACCUUGGCCUUAUCAAUGCAACUAACAGUGCUCUGCAGAUGCCGCUCCAUAUUGCAGCUCGAAAUGGACUGGCCUCUGUCGUUCAAGCUCUGCUGAGCAGAGGUGCCACUGUGCUUGCUGUUGAUGAAGAAGGCCAUACCCCAGCCUUGGCUUGCGCCCCCAACAAAGAUGUUGCCGACUGCCUGGCACUUAUCCUUUCCACCAUGAAGCCUUUUCCACCUAAAGACGCCAUCAGCCCUUUCAGCUUCAACCUCCUCAAGAACUGCGGCAUUGCUGCCAAGACAGCAGCCUGCAGUGCCCUGCCCAACGGCAACAGCUGCCCCUACACCAAGGAUAGGCACAAUGCCAUCGGCUUAGAUGGCUGUUACUCUGAGUAGCUUAAAGAAACCAUGAUGGGUGAUCUAAUAUCUUCUAUUUAUUUAGGAAUUCUAUAAAUAUAGGACACUUUAAAGGAGAACAAGACUGGGAUAGGCUAUCCAAAGGAAUGUGGGUGGAGGAUCUCAGCUUCUGCUUCCCAUCAAGACUGCUUCAACCAUUGCGCUGAAAUUAAGAGUCAACUGUGUGACUCAAAAAUUUAAUUGAUAGUUGUUUCUGCUUUAUUAAUCUUGGCUUUAAAAUUUUCUGGGAAACAAUCCACUUGAUUUCUGCUUUCCUCUGUCCUUCAUCCAGCCAUUUUAUCUAUUGGUUAUGAGCCUGUGGCUUGAUUAACUUGAAAAUGGCCAGCUUUUGAAAUCCCAAAUCCUUUGGCUGUGAUGCAUUUAAGAACUGAACAGAAGACAAACCUAAACUCAUUUUGCUUAGCAUUUGCUGUAUUACAGAGCUCAAUUUUUAAUUGGAUGGAGCCUGAAAUUGAAAUUUGGAACCUCUCAAAAGUGACCCAUCCCAGGCAUCAUUCUGGUCCCCGGUCACUCUGCAAUACAUUUCUCCAUGCCUUACACUGAGAACAGUUUUUCUGUUGGCCAUGAGGUCUAGAUGGGAACAGAAGCCUGAUUUUCUCCUUAUUUUCAUUUGGCAUUAGAGUUUUGGUAAACAAGGGGCCGCAAAGAAAGGCAGCAGCUCCUGGCAAAGUGCCACUAUAACUGCUCCUUCCUUUCUAGUAAUUUUGUUUGUGUGUUGUUCGUUUGUUGUGCUUGCCCUUUUUGAUUCCAGUGAAAACACUUGAAUUGAGAACUACUGUACCUGGGACACUAGGAUACCUUAGGCAGCUCGUAUUCCCUUGUAUGCAAAAUGGGUGCUGUUGCCUGACUGACUGCGGUCCUGUCUGAUAAUUUAUGUAUGCGCUGCCAGAAUUAUCCCCACCACCAUAUCAGGCACUUUAGGGAUUUUCUCUUUUUGGAGGCUGAUUUUUGUGUUUUUUGCGGGGCGGGGGGGGGGGGGGGGGGAAUUACACACUAUUGGAUCUCCAAAGAGAAUUUCCUUUGUGGCUCCUUUCCUUCUCUGUGUUGUGCAGUGUUUCCACUUUAGACAGAUCAGUGUUGCUUUUUAAAAAAGAAAAGAAAUUAUUUAUAAAGAAAAUGCAUUUAUCCUUUAAAAACAGCAAAAAAGAACUUUUUUGCAAGGAAAAAAUGCACUUCAGAACCUUAACAAUCCUCCAUUUGUAUUUAUAAUUUGUCCCACUAGAAUGCAAUCUAGCAGGUUUCAUUUGGGCUUGUCUGUUUUAUGUAUGUAGAUACAUCUAUGAAUUGGGUUAGUGUAUUUGUUUUUAUUUUAAAAUUUAUAUUUAUUACACAUUUAAGUGUAUGCACUGUUUUUUUUCCUUUUUGUACUGUAAAUUGUAUUAUGCGUAGAAUCUUAUUUUAAAAAAUCAUAUCAGAAGUACAUUCAAAGCCAAAGAUUGGGAUGUAGCAGUUGGUUGAGGGCUGCCAGGGCAAGCAUUUUUGAUCCAGCAAUCUUUUCCUUUCUCUUUCCCAGUUCUGCAGUAUUGUGCUGGUUCUUGGACCAGUAGUUGGCAAAGUGUAGGGGAUUUGCAAAAUGAAUUAUUUCUGGAUGUUGGAUGCCUAGACCAGUAAGCUGUUAGGGCUAAGUAACUAUUUGAAACAACUAGUUUUUAUAUUCCUCAGCCACCUCCCCUUAUGGAAUCAGUAAGACUGUUAAAGGAGAAAAUAUGAGCCAGCUUUAUGCUUGGAACCAUCCUGCUUCAUGGUGCAUUUCUACACUUUAAAAUGUAAAUAUAUAUAUAUUUAUGAAUUACAGUUUCUUUAACCAAAAACUUACAUAGAAAGCCAGUUCCUCCCUUCCCCUAGUUUCACACUGGUUUUGUAAAGUGGGGUGAACACAACUGCUAUUUCCAUAGCCAUGGGCAUUGCCUAGCUUUUUUCUCAGAAAAUAAGAGACUAUUGAGCUUUUGGGUGUGUGGCUGGUGGAGUGGGCCUUAUUUUUAAAGGAGCUUAAUCCAGAUGCACAAAUGACAAAUGUAAAAUGAGGUUUCCAUUCCUUUUGGCACUGUUUAAUUUACCAAAGCCAAACUCCUAGAGCCAAAUAUUGAAGCUGUAAUCUUGACCUUUGGCUAACAGUGGAUUUUAAAUAAAGUUUUCCUAUCUUCAUUUUAUUUUCCUUUUGUUUACUCCCAACCAAAUGGACUCUGUCUUCCCCACAGACCCUUGCAUAUCGUUCUGAAUCAGCUGUUUAAGCAUUAGCUGAACGUUUUGUUGGUUUUGCUGUAUAUUGGAUUGCAAAAACUGGGGGCCUUAAGGUAGCAAGUUCUAGUCUUCUAACAAGCCCAGCCAUUUCCUUCAACUAAGCCUUCCACAAAGACUAGGGUGCUACUAGUUUAGCUGUUUUUCUUUCUUUGAUGCCCAAGGGAUCUCGAGAUAUCUUUUCCCUUCGCGACUGCUAGACAUGUGCAUACCAAGGUUUAACGCACUUGCCAAAAAGCACAGCAACAGCCUAUUUCAAGUUGGCCAUGAGUUUCCUUGCUGCACUAUGAUCAGGUUAGUUUUCUCUGCCCUCAGUUGCUUCAAGUUUUCUACCUUGAAAGAAAGUAUUAACCUUUCUACAUUAAAUACCUCACGUUGAAAUAGAAAUGAACAAAACUUGAAUUAAACAUCCCCUCUCCUCACCAUUACCCACAUUUUAAUACAGAAAGGUCCUUUUUGGGGGCACUCUUUAGUGAGAGAGCUGAAAAUAAUUUAAAACCUUGUUUACAUUGUUUUUAAAAAGGUACUAGCAAUUUGAAACUUAACAAAUUGCCUAAUUUUAGUUUUGCCUUCUAAGCGCAUUCCUCUUGCCCUGCCACACAAAAGGGGGAGGGAGGGUAGAUUGUUGGGAACUGAGUCAGAAGCCACAUCUUAUCUUUUUGUCCCCCCAAUUCCCCUUUAAGGGCUACAAUUUAAUCCUUUUCUAAGGGCCAAAACCUCUAUGGAAAGUCUUUGGGACUGAGAUAUUUAGAAGAAAGUGGCAAAAGAAGGCGAGACUCUGUGCUAAUUGUUGUGCUACGAUUUGGAUCAACUGAGAAAUCUUCAGGUCCUUUGUGUCAUUCCUUGGAUGUUGCUGUUGACUUUGCACUCUCACCUGUACCAAACAACAGAAACCAUUUUUGUUACCCAGUGGCAUGUGUAUUUCUGUUGAAAAAGCAUAGCAGAGGUAUGGCUAUACCUCAGAGUGGAAACAUUUGUGCUCCUAUGUUUUCAAUGGAGAUUUGUGCACCUCAUUUAUAGCAGCUUUCUGUGUUGGAGAUCCACUGUUGUUGGUUGUGGAGUGUUACAAAGGUGUAGAGCUAAGGAGAUCAAGCUUCCUCAGUAGCAUAAUUUUUGAACAGCUGAUAUGGCUUUAAAAGCGCAAAGGCAUUGGGGGAAUGGGGUGGGGGUGUUGAAAUAGAGAUAGGUUUUCCAAGAUCAUUUCAAAACAAGGGAAUUUCCUAGCCCUUAAAGACAUGGGUUGUGCUUGCAUUUCCUUUUCUUUUAUUAGGAUUGUAGCGGGUUAUAAUGCAUGUUUUACUUUUUAUUAACUGAAGAAAAAUAAUAAUCUAACACUUGAUCAUUUCUUAAAUGCAUUCUUGCUAGUAAUAUGUUCCUUUUCUCAUGUAUAAACAUAAAAUUCAAUAUAUGACAAUCAAUGUGAUCUCUUUAAGGGCUUCAGUGUUCUUAGCUCUGUAGCAUCAUGCAUUAAUAUUUUUAUGCUUUAGUUUUUCCCUUAUUUUUCCCUUUUCUUUUUUGAAAUAAUGAUGAUGAAGAAGAAAAUAGAGUGGAAAAAAUUCCAGCAGCGCAUACCUGAAUUAUUAUUUUUUUUUUAAAAAAAACUAAAUAAAUAAAGAGCCGGUGGUAGGUGGGUGGUGAAGAAAUGUGGUUAGUUGUGUUGUAGUUGCCAGUCUUGUUCUCUUUUAUUGUUGUUAACAUGUACAUUUUGACAGCACAGCUUGACAAUUUAAGUAAUAAUCAAAGUGUCUGGUGGUAAUAACUUGCAUUAUUGUGCUAAGAUGAGAGUUGAUUUCCCUAGUGCAUUGUAAAAGAGGGCUGGAGGCAAACUUCCUUUUUUACUUCCUGUCUUCUCUCUUCUCUUCCCCUGCCAUUCUGCCCAGUAUUGUGCAAGCGCAAUUUGAUGAAAGAUGUGCAGUAUUUCCUUUUUUUUUUUCUUUUUGCAGGGUUGGGGAAGUGGAAUGUUGUUUUCCUUUGCAGAUAUCUUGCUUUUGGUUUGUCCCUAUUGCCACCCUCCUUAGAAUGGCAUAGAUUUUGAACAUCUUUCUCUGGACCUCAGCAGACACAUUCAGAUGUUUCUGUCCUCUCCCCUAAACAAUCUGUGUUAAAAGCAAUCAUUGAGCUUCCCUCCUUAACCAAAUAAGGAAGUUUCUCUCCAACCAUCUUUCUCCAAAGCACUUGUUUUACAAGUAAAAUAAGCACUUUUGUUUAAAAGCAUGAGGGUCUAGUUCCCCCUUUUUAUAGCAACCCAUAGGAGAAAGGCCAGCAAGGGGAAAUGGGAUCAGGAGAAAUUUUGUUUUGGUUCCCCCCCUCCCUCUUUUUGUUUUGUUUGUUUUUAGUGGGUGGGAGGGGGAAUUCUUUUAAUUAACUUCAUGUCUUUAGAGAAUUAAUGAACAAAGGGAAGUUGUGUUUUUAAAAACAGCACAAAUACAUUUCAGCUUGACAAGUGUAUUUGCACUGCCAUUGUUAGAUAAAUGGGCCUCCCACCGGGAGCCCAGCUGAGCCAUAUAACUAUUGACAAACACUGAAUGUAAAUGUCCUUGUAGAGGGCAAGUACUGGGAAGCGAUAAAUUGAUCUUAUAUAACUGAAUGGGCACUUCAGCAAAUUUGAAAUAACCAGUCCUGUUAAGAUGAUGCUGUUCUCUCUUUUCUUACUUUUUGUUUUGUUUUGUUUUUUGUUCCCAAAGUUGCUGGAGAUUAAGGAAAAAAUCUUUUGUUGUAUUACUAUUACGAUUGCUAUCAUUUUAAAACUUCCUUUGCCCCCAAGGAGUGGGAAAUCAUGAAAUAUCUCCCUCUCCCCUGCUUUACACACAUAGCUCUGAGGUAAGAGAUGAAUGAGGUAUUACAUACCUAGAAAAGCGCAAUGUAAAUUAGCCUCCAGAAUACCUGCAUGCUGUCCAUUAUAGCCGUGUUGUUUGUUCAGGGCAGUUGUUUUCAAGCUGGGUUCUGUGGCAUCAUAGGUUAAUCUUUAUCAAGGCUUUUUGAGGAAAAGGUCUUUUAGUGGGUGCCAAGAUGGUAUACAAGGCAGCAUUGGCUAUCCUUGUCAAGCGUCUCCUGCAUUGCCCAGUUUUAAAGAAGGGCUGGGUUCCUCUUGGAGCCAGCCCUCAGUUUGUGCCCGACAAAAGGUAGGCCCAACAAACCUGGCUGACUCCUAGCAUGAGCCAAGAGUAAAUUUAAGGACGUAAACCUUGACAUGUGCAGUUGUUCUGUGGCCAAUGAGCCAAGGCAUUCUUGGCAGACAAACUGAUGUGAAACAAUUCCUCGUGAGGGUAGGACUAUUGAAUCCCCAUCUGGUUUGAGAUACUCCAGAGCAAUUGAAAGCCUUGGUGUGUGUGUGGUUCUGUUCAGCUUUUAACAGAAACAAACACCCUCCCGUUACAUCUAAUAAAUACUGGAAAAUGUAUUUCCAUAGUUUCUUCCUUUGUCUCUCCCUGACCCCUUUCCCCCCAAAUAAAAUACUUCCAUACUGACAUUUUGUGUAAUUCAAAUUGGAUCAGAUAUUCUCCCCCCUUCGUGCCAAAGGAAUCACAAAUUCAAGGAAAAGAAGGGGCAAUCUGUUGGUCCCCAAUACAGAUUUCCUUCACAGUCCAAUUCAGGCUCCCAAAAACAGGAGGGGAGAAAUCUCUCUGGAGUUGUGAAAACCUUGGAUUUAACUAAAGUCUCUUUUCUGGGUUGAAUUCGUCUGAGGGAUUCAACAAUGAACAUGGAGCAUUGUCGAAGCAAAUUUGUCUUCAGCGCCAUUUACUUCCAUGUCCAUGGAAAAAGGUUAGAGAUAUGUUGAAAUUUCCCAUCUGAAGAAAUGAGGACAUUGCUGCUCAUAGAGAAUUAAGGGGUUUGUGCUUCACUUGAAUAAUUAAUAUUGAGUCAAUGAAAAGUCCUCAAAGUAACAUUAGGUAGAAAAUAAACCAGGGUGGGUGGGAGGGGGGUUGAAUCUUUUAAGGACUAUUUUAAGGCAUCUGUAGCAAGUUCUUGGUGUCUUUCCUACAGUAUCUUAUGUGUAAAUGCUGCACCUAUGUAUAUUAUGCACAUAAACAUUUCUUCGGAAUAAGAUAGGACAGACCUCAUCACCAGUCAGGUAUAAUAACUAUUCUUCUGUGUGUCAGUUUUCGUGUGUGUGUGUGUGUGUGUGAGAGAGAGAGUGUGUGUGUUUAUCUGUGUGCAAUGCACAUCUUUCAAAUUCACUUUCAGUGCAAAAACAAAAGGGAUUUAAAAAGAGAAGAAAAUAGCCUUAUUUUUAAGUCCAACCUCGUCUUAUGAAUUUGUCAACUUGAAUAUAAUGAAGCAAAAUUGCAUGAAAGACUUUGAAACUAGCUGAGCCUUGAGUGCACAGUGGAAUGAAGUAAACUUUUUUCUAAACAAAAGAAAUAGUAUGCAAUUUCAGCUGGUUCAAUUUGGCUCGUUCCAAAAGUCCUGCUUUGUUUUCUUUAAAGAAUGGUGCAGGGUGGGUUGACUAUGCCAGCUUGUGCCUACCUUGCCUUCUCAAAACAUUGGGAAGUGGGUCUCUUCCCCCCCCCCCCCCCCCAAUACAUUGAUCAGAACAAAGACCUUUUUAGUGAUCACUGGAAAGAAGAAGGAUAUCCUUUGCGCCAAGGACUUGUGAAGUCCAAACAUUUUUGCAAAAUGUCAAGAGGUGGUAUAGUUCAGUUCAGAUCUCUUCUGUGGUAACUUCUGAUAGUUCUGAGUGUUUAAUGUCAUUUGAUCUUGAAGUGAGUAAUUGCAUAUUGGAUAGACCUGCAGAUCAUUCCCCCUUAUUUUAGUGUUCUGUUGGCAGAACAGACUACCUCGGGAGAAAGUUAAUUGACCUGAGCUCUAGAAGUGGUCCGUGACCUUGCUUUUUUGGUGUGGGUCGUGGACUGGCAUGCGUAGCUAUCUAUUUGGCCCAGGUCACAGCCUACUAUGUCCACACUGGGUCAGCUUAAUCAUGGGGAUGAGGAAACCUACUCUCAUGAGAUAUGCAUGUGUGUUUUGUACACACAACACAAAUGCAUCUGUAUUUGUAGCCUGCCAAGCUAUCAUGUUCUUGAAGUAUUUUAACAUUAAAUACAUUAAAUCAGUCCUUUCCCAUGGAUUUACACAGAGCCAGUGUGCCAAGGGAGGAGAGUAGAUGUAAGGAGGUGCCCUCCAAAAAGCAGAUUUGGCAGCUUUGAGAGCAAGAUUUUAAGUUACGUCAGGAAGGACAUUUCGGCUCUCAUUCUCUGGGCAUUGCCUUAAUUCCUAAAUUUUGCACUUAUAAGUUGUCUGGCCAGUUGGGAGAACUCUUAAGCAAAUUGGAAGUGGAUGUUGAGAUGGGAAAAUGAAAGAAUGAAUCUUGCAUGCUCUGAAGUGGGGGGGUGGGGUGGGGGGAGUUGCAAAUGUUGUCAAGUGACCAAAAUCAUGUUUCUGUUUGUGGUAGCACUGAACACACAUAGCCUUGUACUCAACCUCAGGUGGCAAGUGCAAACAAUUUCCCUUUGGUCUGUUGAGUGAGCAGCAUGCUUGUGUAUUUGAGACACUACCUGAGGUCUUUUGGAACAUUGCAGUGGUUUGGGUGCAUUUUUUGAAAAAAUGCAACCAAAAAACUUUUUUGUUGCUAGCAGGGACAAAUAUAAUUUACCGGCAUCCUUGAGUGGAGCUAGUUUUCAAAAUUAUAAGAGCCCAAAAACCUCAGCCUGUAUGAAAAUGAAAGAGAAGCAGAAAAAAAUGAAGAGAAAAUUGGGCAUUAUGACAACCAGUGUGUUAGUUUCCAGCUGUUAGUAUUUUGAAAGGCAUUUUCUACAGGUCCACUUGAAGAUACUUUCCAAAUUAGCUGCUCAUAUUUCUGUAUUUGCAUGUUGAACUUGAGCUUUCUUGACAAUUGUAGCUAAAAGCUUCCUGUGAUAUGUUUGAUGAGUUGCUGUUGAUCCCAGGUUGUGCUGGCAUCUAUGGCUUUUCAACUUUUAUCUAGUUUACAGAUGAAAUGUGUUUAUAGGAGUUAUGUUAGUAUUUCUCCAACUUGCUUUUCUUUAUCUCCCCCUCUUCUCUGUUCAACAACUUUGUCCAUUGUUACUAUCCAUUGGUUUCCCCUUACUUCAGAUCUCUAAAGUGUCAUUUCACAGGCUUAAGAUAAAACAUGGAUCUUGUGUUGAAAGCUUGUUCUUUUUAAAAAAACAAACAAUGUUAAACAUUCCAGAAGCUUUAGAUAUAUAUCAUGCAUUAUGUCCAAAAAACAUCAUGUGGGGUGAUAAAACAAAUGGAAUAAAAAGGGUUAAAAAUUAUCCAUCCUGAGUCCCCCUGGAGAGAUAGGACGGAAUACAAAUAAAGUCUUAUUAUAAAAUUGGGUGUUGGCCCUUUCCUAAGGAUAGGUGGUAGAUGCAUCUGUAUUAGAAAAGAAGUGUAUUAUCCAGUAUUCACUCAGCAUAACCUGUCUUGCUUCUCAAAAGAGAUGUGCAUCGUCCCUUCUCACAGGCUCUGGGUCAAAAGAAAUGAGCCUUUCUCCUUCCCUUCUCCUGAAGCUUUAAAAAUGUUUGCUCCAGCCCCCAAGAUAGGGUUGGGAAUUAGGGUGCUUCCCCCUCAUAUACACACAUAUUGGUAUACAUAAAGUUCUCUGUCUUGCACAGAAGGUGACUAACUUACACAACCUUCCUAAAGUGAACUAUCCUUAGAUGUAAAGCCUUAUAAAGUAUGUAUGAUUGCAAUCAACAUAAUUAUUUCAGUGUGUUGCAUCUCAGGUGUAAUGGAGAGAUACAGCUAAAUAUCUGGUCUCUUCUGUUCUAAACCACCCUCCUUUCUGUCCCCAGAACCCAUACAUACUACCCCAGCAUUUAGAAAACUCACUGUGGUCGUCAAAGCUUUCCCCGCUUGUUUUAGCUUUCCUUUCUCACUAGUGCCAGUUCAAAAAUGUUGACCAAUGUGGCUCUUGGCACCACCCUUUUGUCUUACCUGCCUUUAUUGUAGAUAGAAAUACUUGGCUGUUAUUUCUCCUUGGGGACCAUUGUAAGUAGAAUUGGUGCACAGUUGUUUUGCAUGUGGAUUUAAAUAACAUUAAAAUUUGGAAUAUCUACAGCAUAUGGAUUUUCCUUCUGAAAUCCCAAGGAAACCCGAGGUUCCAGACACACACACACACCGGCAGUAGAAAGAGUAUGCUGUGUGCUUUGCAUUGUGCUAAGAAUCUAAUCAUGUUGGUUUCUGAUAUUUUGGAGACCUCCUUUUUAAAAUCAUUCUAUUUCCUUUACUCAUUACCUGAGGAACUCUGUUACCUUCUUGCCUUGCAAACUCUGAACUUCACAUCUUUUUUUUUUUGGGGGGGGGGGUGUCAUUGUGUAAAUAGGGCUCCGUGGCUAUGUUCCAACCAUCUGUUAUUUCUUACUUAGCUAGUUUGGUUCUUUCAAACCCACCCUGCAGUAAUUUGAUGGGUGUGCUGCAUAGUCUCAGAUUUUUAAAAUUGCACUAAGUAUAGUUAGGUGCCACUUAGUGGUGUUUCCUUUUUUUUUGGGGGGGGGGGGGGGUCUUUAUCCUUCUUUCAAACCAAAAAAACCAGUAUCUUCCAUUACUGGAGGAUGUGACAAGUAUAGUGGUGGAAUCUUUUCUGUUCAUUAACUGCUCUCCUCCUUUUACCUAGAAAUAGUACUCAGCAAAGUGAUAAAAAUCUGGAUAUUUUUUUCCAAUUUCAGAACCUUGUCGCUUCACUUUAUCACCUCAGUGUGAAUGGUUUCUGUUUUGCACUGUUAAUAUUUGUAGGUGUCUUAAAACAUAGGCAUGAUCCUUCAGAGACUAGAAUCCUGUUGUUUGAUUCCAACCAGAGUAGGCUUAUUACAUCAACUAUUGACUGGUUAGUGGACAUGAUGGCUCUGUGGGGCUGACAGUAGAACUGAGUCCUAGAUCAGUGGUUCACAAACUUAUUUGGCUUACCACCCCCUUUCCAGAAAAAAUAUUACUCAGCACCCACUGGAUAUUUUUUUAAAAUUUUAAUAGCAAUUAAACAGAAAGAUAUAUGUAUUAAUGCAUAUGGCAAAUGCACCUGUGGCCAUCACCGCUCCCCUGGAUUGCUGCAGUGCCCACCAGGGGGCGGUAGCACCCACUUUGGGAAUCACUGGUCUAGAUUAUGAUCUCAGUUUCAAAGCAAUUUGAUCCCAGGCCCCAAACAAUUUGUUGUUUAUUGUUUCCACUUGAAUGAGGACACAUAUGUAGGUAACUGACAAGAUAAGAUCCUAAGGGAGGUGCAAGAUAAGACCUUCUUAAUGGUCUUCCUUCUCAAAUGGUCUUUUCACCAUUUGAAGUGAGAGCUGUGUAGUCCAGUCCUUGAGAGCACCUCUGAGGUGUUGAGAGAAACCAUUGUGAGAUUCUUUCACAACCUGAUUGCUCACUAAUCACAACAAUAGACCUGUUGUGAAGUAUGGGAAAAAUACCAAAUUUUUGAUAAAUCUGGACAAAAAGUUCAAUUUUUUGGUAAUUUCUUGAUCCAGUGUUCUUCUGGGUUGGAGCUUCUGUAGUCUGCACUUGGUUUCCUCUUGGCCCUUGUAGUUGAGUACUAUCUUGAGGAUAAUUGUGUAGUGUAGCUCUAUUAUCAAGGUAUCAGUUGUUUCUCCUGCUUUGAAUAAUUGGCACAAUAUCCCCCCCCCCCCCCAAAAAAAAAAAAAUUAAGCACAAAUGCGGGACUUUUCCCUAAUGUCAGCUAGCAUAAGAACGUGACAGUAAAACUAAGAACUCAAGUUGCUAACUUAGUAGAGAAACAUGAAAACUAGAAGCAAAAAGACAUAUUUCCAUCUGUGGAGGUGUAUCCCAUCUACAAGAAUAUUAUUUAUUUGAUGUGUGUUUGUCCUGGUGAUCCAAUGGAAGAAGUUAGAAAAGCAGGCUGUGUGGUUUGGAAACUCUUCAUUAGUUCCUAAAGAAAAGUGUACAGGAUAGAGGAAGAUUUGGUCCAUAUCCUCUUGAAUUUCAGGCCUAAGCUCCGGCUCCAGCAUGGGGAGUAGAGAUGGCAUAAGAAAUGGAGAUAAACAACUGCUCAAGGUCAUGAGUGCUGAUUGCCUUAAAUGUGAGUUACAAAAUUUUCAAAUACCUUUUAAAAGGGGAGAAAAGCAAGGUGACAGAAUAAGCAAGAUUUUUCACUGUAUAUUGCUCAAAGAGAAAGUUACACCAAGAUAGCUAAAGUACUAUUGUACCUUGGCAGACUAAGAAAACCCUUUCAAUCUUGUCAGUUCUAGUAAGUAGUUUGCUUUGAAAUCGACAUUGGGGCGCCAUUUUGACAAUCUGACUUCAGUGUUUAUUAUAUGUAAUGUCCUAAUAAUAUGAAACCCCUUUCGUAAACUGCAUUUGCUUCUUAGGUUUCUUGAGGUGGAGCUGUCAGAAUGUUUCAAAAUGAUUGUUAAUGUUCUUGUUGCAUGUUGUGUUUUUCCAAUUGCCUGGCCAUGCUGUGGCUGCAGCUUGAAGUCAUGAAUGUUGUUGGCUUGGAGGGUAUGGUGGUAAUUCUUUUGAAGAACAGCAGGGAUUGCUUUUGUUUCCUUGUAUUCUGUUCAUUACAGCAUGCCUCCAAUAGUGGCCAUCCUGCUGUUUUGCUGGGUGUGUUCUUGUCUUAUAGCAAUACUCGUUGGCUCUGACCUUGCAGGCACUUCAAAAACUACCUGUGCUCCAAACACAUUUCUUACUUGGGAGCAGCAAUAAAGGGGUAGGGUAGGAAAGGGUGAGAGAGACCCAUGGUUACGUUGAAAGUUUUUAGUCUGUUACAUACCUUGCACUAUUGGGAGUUUUGUUCUGUUUUAUUUGUUCAAGGGAGUGUGGCUUGCUUGCUUUUAUUUUUCUUCUUUUCUAGCAUUUUUUGCUGUAUAUCGAAGGAUUUGGAAGAAAUGUGUUCAGAAUUGUGUGAGGACUAACUUUACCCGUAGCGGAGGGUUCAUUCUUGGAACUGCUGGUUAUUCCCAAGUUGUUUCUUACUGUCUUUGUCCUCCCUGCCAGUUAUGUUGUUUUCUUCUCUUUGCUUGGAUUGUUCAUAAACAUACUCACACUCUGGUUACUUUGCACUUGGACAUACAAAUGAUGUGUGUCACUCAAGGGGCACUCUAAUUGUGUUUGUGUUGUUCGCAUGAGAGAAGCACCGGCAGCGCUUUUAGUGUUCAUUAUUCACUUUCAUUGUUCAUUGUUCACUUAUUCAGUCAGCAUAAGAUGGUAACAGUUCUUUCUGGCUUCGUCUUCUCAGCCAUUCUCUCUGGCACACCAGGACUUAGUUGAAGCCCUUUUUUUCUGUUGAUAGUUUCUAUCUUGUUUCCUAAAUCAGGACUGAGUUGAAGACCCUUUUUCUGUAGGUCAUUUCCACUUUGUUUCCUAAAGUUUCUCAGGUGUCAAGUUCUUGACCGUAACUUGCAGUCUACCUUUACAUGGAGUACAUGGACAGAUGGAAUUACUUGUGAUUAUUCAUAAUUAGCAUACAUAAAGGAUGAUGUUAUUUCUGCCAUGGUAGAAAUAAUGCAAAAAUAUAAUUCAAAAACUAUCUUUAAGAGUUUGAAAGUCCCUUUGGAGCGUGGCCUUCCAGAAUCCCUCCAUGGUGGUAUAUUUGAGAUUGCACCUGCUGGAGCGGUUUUAAUAUGAAGACCUUGUCUGUACUUGCUGUAAUGUUGUGGCUGGAAAGCUUUAGGCACCAAAGCAAAGGAAACUAAGUAUAGUAGAGUCUCACUUAUCCAACACUCACUUAUCCAACAUUCUGGAUUAUCCAACGCAUUUUUGUAGUCAAUGUUUUCAAUACAUCAUGAUAUUUUGGGGCUAAAUUCGUAAAUAUAGUAAUUACUACAUAACACUACUGCGUAUUGAACUACUUUUUCUGUCAAAUUUGUUGUAUAACAUGAUGUUUUGGUGUAAUUUGUAAAAUCAUAACCUAAUUUGAUGUUUAAUAGGCUUUUCCUUAAUCCCUCCUUAUUAUCCAACAUAUUUGCUUAUCCAACGUUCUGCCGGCCCGUUUAUGUUGGAUAAGUGAGACUCUACUGUACAUACAAAUACUCUUGAUCUUUUUUUCCUUGGCUGUUGAAUAUUUCAUGGUUCUUUCAUUUUAGUCUGGGACAAAAAAGCAGUAAAAAACAUUGGUUGCUGAUCCUUUUACUGUCAGUCUUGAAGAGAAAGAGAAUCCCAGCAAAUCACAGAAUCACAAUAGAUCACAAACCUGACCUAUUUCCACUUAAAAUAAGAGAGGAUCAGUAAAGCGUAGCCACAUGAUGUUUGUGUAGUAGAAUGGUACUGCUUGUCAUUCAGGUCAAACCCUUUUUGGUCUGAGGGGUAUUCAGAGAAGUGAAUGUUUGCUGGUAUUAUAUCAGAGUGGCAUUCUGUUUUAGUCACAUAGUCGAGGUUUAAUUCUUCAUCAGCACUCAGUAUUUGUUGUAGUUUGUAUCAUGGCCAGUUAUGUUUUAAAGAUCAAAAUCGUAGAGCGUUGUCUUUUGCUUCUAUAUGUGCCCUUUAGGUAGCUGAGAAGUAGAGAUGCACACCACUUUAGAAAGCUUUAGUAACUGCCUUCCCCACCUUUUCUCUUUUAUGGUGGCAUUCACCUGGCACCUGUGUGCCCUGACUUUCCCAGGGAUGCAGCACUGCUUAAUGAACACUCAAUCAGCAAUACAGUAGAAUUGGCAGUGGACUUUGAUAUUCUGUCGUUGCCUUUGCUUUCAUUCCCUGCCCUUACUAUUUUUUCUCAUCCUGGGUCAUAGCCACAGAGAUCCCAAAUACUGAAGACCAGCAUUUAUGGUGUCACCCAUAUAAAGGCGUGGGCUUGGGGAGGAGGAAUGAUAUUUUCCAUACACCUCAUUGUCUCUCUUUCAUUGCCUUCCCCACGUGCAAGCACUUUACUCUGUGUGUGUGUGUGUGUGUGUGUGCACACGCAUGUGCUGAGAUGUACAGUUUUCACAUGUAUUAGUUGCAAGGAGUUUUAAGGACAGAGGUGCAUAAAAUCACUAUGGUAGUGUUUUUUUUUUAAAGAAAAUACUCUUUUCCCUAUCCCUUGUAUAUGAAAUCUCUACUGCUAUUCUAGGCAAAUCAGGAGGUUGCAUAUCUCUCCUCCAGAUAUUUCAUAAACUGACCUAUUAUACUUAUCAUAGGGGUUGACAGACACUGUGGUCUGUCUUCUGCCAGUUUCUCUACUACCACUAUGCCUUGGUUGCAUUAUUUAGUUGUAUCUACCCCCAUGACAAGUAUAAUGUCUCAACUGACCUCCAGGAGAGUUCCAGGAGGUGAAAGAGACCUGCUCUUUCUCCACUUGUGUCAGAAUUAUUUUUGCUGAAUGGCCAGUUCCUACAAGCAACCUCUGUGAUGGAUUUACCUGUGAGCUCACCCUAUGUUUUUGCCUGUUGGUCCAUUAAAAUACAAAUCUAAGUAUAUUUUUUGGAAUCUCUCUGUCCCUGUCCAGUGCAGAAGAGCUUUGUAGGACUGAAAGGAUUUCGAUGCCUCUCCAGGAAAUGGUGGGUGUCUCUAAAUGUAUACUUUGAUCCCUUCAAAAGUUCCUUUGGGGGCAGGGAUGAAGGGAGAGCAGGUCUUCAUACCUACCUCUUGCAAUAAAAAUGGAGUGGAUCAGGGCACUAUUGAACCCUCUCUUGCUCUUCAUCUGAAAAAAAUAAGGGCAAGCACAUAGUCCAUACAAGAAACUCCUACUUGAGUAGGAUGUCUGCACUGGAAGCAUGCUUUUUGCUCUAUAUGAGUUGGUUUCCUCUUUGUCCAGUGAUACAAUCUAGUCAGCAUAAAUCUGGUAGGAGGAAUGUACACUAGUUCUUAGAUCAACGCCUCGUACUUAACAGAUCUGCUUUGUGUUUGGUCUUUUUUGUGUAAUUAAGGUGGGGUGGGGAAAGAAGAGUAGUUGUAUUUACUUCUUCAGAGCACUAAACCUACAACCUGCUGAUCAAAAGCAGCAUGCAGUCAUGUUGUCCUCCUUUGAGGCAGCGGCCUUAAUUGGGGUGGUUUGGCUAAGCAGGAUUUUUUAGAAACAAAAACGAGAUGCCUUUGUUAUAUAGAAUAUAUAAUUUGGGCAAGUUGAAAGAGUGGGUGGAGAAGGGAGUGUUGUUUGUGCAGUGGUGCCCUGUGUGAGGAUGGGCAUGGGAGUAAAAAUGGAAGCACUACCUACUAAGCACUCCCUUUACACCCCACCACCCCAUGCCUAUUGUUGACCCAUGGUCACUGUGGAGAGCCAUUGUCUUGUUAGUGUUGGAAAUCUUGGACCAAUGUUUAGAAGAAAUUUGAAAUGCACGUUCAGAUCAGCUCACAUGCCUGUGUUCCUGCUCACAGACUUAAAGAUCUUCCUUCAAACACUGGUUUAAAGCACAAAAGACUCAAAUCCCAGAAUGCUCACGGGGGGUAUUUUGGGGGGUUGGUUGUGGGGAGGGAGCUUCCAAGGCCAGUUGAAACCCCCCAGAUUCCAGUUCUAACCCCAAUGCUGUAGAGAGUCCCUCUUUAGUGUUCAAAUGUGCAAUCAGAGUGUAACUCUUUUCUACGUCCCACCAUGCAGCCUAGAGGCUUGAAGUACAGGUGCCUUUGUUGGCAAUCUCCCUCAUCCCUCUUCCUCUUCUGUUGGGGGUUUCUUGACAAAAUGAAGCACUUGUCUCACUGUUAGAAACCGCCAAACCUAUGUUCUGGUUUUGGAAAGAAAUGCAGUUGCAUCAAAUAUACCACCAACUCUUCUCCCCGCCUGGUUGUUCCAUGAAAUAAAAAUCGGUAUAAUCUAUAUCGGAGAAUAAUAAAGAAAACAGACAAGUGUCACAAGCCAUCCAUUCCUCUUUUCCACACGCUGCACCCCACUCCUGCAUAGUGUGGAAGCCACCUUGUACAAGCCUCUUUAUGUGAACCCAGUGAAUUGUUACCUUUUUUGUCUCAGAUGUUAUAUAUGCAUUUUCAGAAUUUCUGCAUCACCUUUUGGGAGUUUGGGAAGGGAGGGGAGGGAUCAAACAGGAACUUAAAAGCUAAAUUAAAAAAAAACAUUCAGACUUGAUCUAUUUUCUACAAUGUAUGCUGCGACCAGGUCCUGUUAUUCAUAUUGUGGCUUUGAAUCAAUUAUGUUUAUUAAAAUGCUGUUGCUUCUA